UUUUGCCUUGCAAAAAAAGAAAAAAAAUUAAGAAGAAGAUUUUUGUUCAGAUAUUCAAAAUUUUGUUUUGCUUUUCAUAAUUUGUAAACAAUAAAAAAUGGAAAUUCUAUCUAGGGACAAGUUUGGAAGGAGCCAAGUUGCGAUUAUAGCGGCAAGUGGUAGAGAAUUCCCCGUAUACGAAGGCGUAAACCCCAUUGGACGAAAUAAAGAAGCCACUGUCAAUAUAAAAAAUUUGAGUGUCAGUCAAAACCACGCUGUUGUGGUGAUUUUGGAUAACAAACAUUUCGUUUGUGAUUUAAAUUCUAGCAAUGGAACAUUUCUUAAAGAUGCUAAAAUUCAACCCUUCUGCUUAUACCAGAUUAGUGGCAACUCAGAAUUAAAAUUUGGAAAUGUGCUGGCCACAUACUCUUCAUCUACCAAACCACCUUCAAAAUGUUGGGAGAUGUCUCAAAAUGUUACUCAAAAUUUCUAUGAGGCAAAUACCCAAGUAUUCCAUGACAUUACUAAUUUAGAGUGUACCCAAGGGGAAGAAAUUCACGAGGCACUAACUCAAAAGGUAAAUUUAGUUGAAUUUAAGAUUCCAGAAAAUCCCCGAGGGCCAGAGAGUACAACGACAAGCAUGGCAGCCUGCACAAUUUUAAACAAAAACUCAAAUGGUGACAUAGUUGAACCAUCAACAUCUGAAAAUAGAAAAACUGAAAGGGACAGUGAAUCUACCAAAGAACUGGCCCUUAAUAUUCAAAACAACCUGGAGGUUUUUUGUGCCGCAACUCAGGCAGUCAAUUUGGGGACCGAGGGUAAUUCAGUCUAUAGUUGCCCUACACAGGAUUUAGGCUCCUUCAUGGAACCCGUGCCUGCGGUUGAGGAUAAUGAAAACUAUAUUGAAGUUAUGCAAGUAAAGGAUACAGAGCUAGAUAUCCAUGAUGUAGUUACUCAGGUGAUAGAUUUGCCAGCCCUAUUGGAAAAGGUUGAUGCAAGUGUUAAGGCUGUUUCACAUGUAAGUGUUGAAACAUUGAAAGAAAAUGGGGACAAGAUGAAAUCAGUCAGUAGAAACAACGUUAAAAUCAAUGCUGAUGACAGUAGUAAUGACUCGGUAGAUUUUCUUAACUUAGAAAAGUCUAUUACUACACCCACCCUUCUUACCGAGGACCAACCCCAACCCAGAGAAAAAGGAUCGGCCAAACAGACAUCCAAUAGUUCAGACGAUGAAACUGAUAUUGAAGAUUUCUUAAUCUCCAAACCACAGGAUGCGCCAACUUCAGAGACGGACGCCGAAUCCCAAAUCGGUUUUAAAAAGAAAGCACCUCGGACUCUAAUAGAAUCGGAUUCUGAGACUGAAGACGAGGACGUAAUCGAACGAAAGCGCAGAAAAGUCGUAAGAAUACCGCCAACGCAAGAAAGUGAGGACAGCGAUAUCUUGCCGACGAAAAGAAAACCCAUCCCAUUGCCGAGUACCCAGGAAGAAAGUUACGUUAUCGAGACCGACUCUGACGCGGAAACGUCGACAAAACAUUUGGAGACUAGUAUUCCGGCCACACAGAAUAUGACUCUGAACGACAGUUGCUGCGUACUUGCUACUCAAGUCACCAAACCCACUGACCAGAUUAAUACUCACGCGGACUCGGAGGAAAACUUCAAACUGGGACUGACCCAACUGUUCUUUGACAACUCUCAAGGCGUCGGCGGUGACAAAACGGAGGAAAUCGCCCAGGAAGGACGAUCCAAAACGUUUUUGUCAGACAUCGCCGCUCCGAAACUUGCUGAAGAUCGGAAGGAAGCAACGAACGAGAAUGAGGACGGUAUCUAUACUGCGCAGACACAGGCAAUAAGUUCAUACAGCGAAAUAUCUAAAACGCGCCAUGCUUACCACUUGGAUCAAGCUAACAAAACUAGUCAUAACAUCGAAAAUAAUAUUACAGUUGUUCAGAACAUAGAAGAAACUGCUGAAGGCGAUUCAUUUCUGGCUCCGACACAAAAAAUUUCCAAUUUAGAAUCAAAUAAUACUGCGAACUCGGAUUUGUAUUCUGCUCAGACUCAGAAGGUUGAUGAGAUAUCUGAAGCUAUUAGAAACACUGUGGCAGAGAAAGUUUCGUGUCGCCAACAUAUCCAAGCGGCUGAAGAGGACGCUCCGGAAAUUGACGAAAAUGAUUUAUACCUAGCUCAGACUCAGAAAAUCUGUAUUUCCAAAAUGUCUAAUUUAGAUGAUACUGCAGACUCGAAUUUGUAUCUAGCUCCCACACAGAAGUUAAAUAUGACUGAAAUUACCAGUCUAGUGCGCGAAACCGCAGAAACAAUCGAUGAAGACAAUAUUUAUUUCGCACAGACCCAAUUGAAUGAUGCCGACAUGCAACAAAGACACGAUACAGUUCCUCAGCAACACAAACCGGACCAAGACGAGAGUGUGUAUUUUGCGCCUACUCAAAAAUAUCCCAGCUUUGCUGAAAACGCCUUGCCUAAAAAGCAGUUCACGUUCAAAAAUUUUCCACGACCCCUGGACACUUCCCUAUCUUCUAUAUUGAAGUGUGAAGCGAAGUCUAAUAGUCUAGAAGUCGAGCUUUCUUCCGAGCAAGUGUUUUCUGCCGAGCCUUCAGAUCGUCCGACAAAUCCGUUGUCCUACUUCCUACAAGGAAGUGCCACUGAUGAUUUACAAAAUGAACUUACUUUAAAGAAACAUGACGUUCUUUGUAAAGAAAUAAGAGGCAAUCAGGAAUUUCUCAACGAAAAUCAAGCAAAGGACGCAAAUGGACCCAAUAAUGAAGAAUUGGGUGUUACUACAACCUCCAUCAGGGCGGCGGAAAAAGACCUAUUAAGCACGAAAAAAAAUUCUAAACAAAUUGAAAAGCUGGAAAUGAUGUGUAAAGGGCAAAACAUGAAACAUACGAAAUUAGCAUUGAAAAACAUAAAAACAGCGAAAGACGAUGACUUUAAAGCAGAUAACCUUAAUGACAAGCAUAUUAAUAAGGAAGCUCAAGGCAGUGCACUGGAGAUCACUACAAGAACAAGAACGAGGACAAAAAACAGCAAAUCAUGCGAUAGCGGCGAAGUAAAACCCAUUGGCAAUAAAAUUCUUGAAGAAAAUGCGGAUAAUAAGCAAAUUACAGCUAAACAUGAACACUUUAAACCAGACAACCCUAAUGAAGACCAUAUUAAUAAGGAAGUUCAAGGCGCGGCACUGAAGAUCACUGCAAGGGCGGGGACGAGGACAAAAACUAGCAAAUCAUGCGACAGCGGCGAAGUAGAACCCAUUGAUAAAGUAAUUCUUGAAGAAAAUGAUGAUAAUAAAAAAGUUACGGUUGAGAAAGGGGAGUUUAAAGAAUUUUCUAUUGAUAAAGCAGGAAGACUAUCUACCAUUAAGGAGAAUAUGGUUUUUCAUUCCAUAAAUAAAGAAAUAAAUAAAGAAACAGCGAGGUCGGAGGAAAGAGGUCGUCCAAAGAGAAAACUCUCCACUGACUGUGCUACAAGUAAAGUUAAUGAAAUUAGCGACAUCAGAGUUAACGAAGCUAUUAAAAGAAAAGCUCUGCCUAGAAGAAGGAAAAUAUCGACUGACAGUAAUAAAAAUGACAUUGAGUUUGGAUCAGCGGAUAACUCUUCAGCUCAUAGCACAUUAAAGGGAGAAUGCUCAUCUGUAAGAACUACAAGCCGAGGUAGUGAAGUUAGUGACCAUGAAAUACCAAUGGAUAUUGUGAAGCCACCGUCAUCCAUGAGUGAUUCUACAAGUAGAAAAAAAACGAUCGAGAUUGAAGAUACGUCCGACAGCGAUUCGAGAAAUUUAAGAAAGAAAAAAGAAUCGAAAAAAAUUAAGGAAGUAGCUGUGGCGAGUUCUUUAAGAGAUUGCCAAGGUGAUAGCGAUAUGAGCAAGUUAGAAGUUUCUUGCGAGAGUGAGGUGAGCAGAGUUCAGGAUGCGGCUGAUGGAAGGAAUCGCCACUAUGCUACAGGUACCAAGAAAACCGCGCCGGUCAGUGAGACACCGAGGGGUAGAAAGGACUUCAGAAAGAGGAAUACAACUGAAGAAGUCGGUUCAAACAACACUAGCGACACCAGUGAUCGCUCCAUUGAGUUGCAUAUGUCGACGCCAAAGAAGCAAAGACUACAGCCAAAGGACGAAAUUGUGAAUACCGUAGAGAGAAAUUUGCGGAAACAAAAACCAAAAGUCGUGUUCACCAUGAUGGAUAGCCCGCAAAUGGAAGCUAUGAUCCGACAGCUGGGUGGUAGCGUCGUGCAGUCGGUUAACUCUUGUACCGUGUUGGUCACAGAGCAAGUCAAAAGGUCGCAGAAGCUGCUGGUGGCCAUCGGUCUGUCAAAGCCGAUCUGCUCACCCAAAUGGAUCACCGAUUCAAAGAGGAAGGGCAGUUUUCUGGAUCCGUGGGAUUAUAUUUUAAGAGACCAGGAAGCUGAGAAAAAAUGGAACUUUUCGUUAGAAGAAUCGUUAAAUAGGAGUAUGAGAAUGAAACUAUUAGAGGAUUACACGUUCCAAUUGAUGGUAACAACAGCCGCUGACGUUCUGAAAGGAGCGAUAGAGUCCUGUGGGGGUAGGAGCGUAUCAAAAUUGUCAGGAAGAAGUGGACCCAACACCUUCGUUAUCUGCAGUCCAGAAAAUCAAAAUCGGUAUCAGAAGAUGUUGAAGCAGCAUACAGAUUUAAAAGCGAUAGAGCCCGAGGCCAUAUUCGAUGGCGUGUUGCGGCAAGAGUUGAGGUUUUCACGCCAUUAUUUGCCCUUUCCAAAAUCCAAAAUUUAAUAUUGUAU